AUGCCACCAACAGCCACGAUGACUUUGACUCACCGCCUUCGACGCUACCCAGUGGGCUCUCUACUUGAGGAUCGAUUCCACGCCACUCAACGAAUCUCUCACAUAGUGGGACUCAUCAAGUGUUCUUGCUUGAAUGAAGGAUUGUCAUCAAUUUGGAAUUCUGUGGGGAGACCUAUGCUUGGAAAAAUAAGUGGUGAAUAUGGAUCUAAUUCAACAAACACUAGGUGUGAAUCAAAUGGUUUGCAUGAACUUUUAAAAUGUUUUUUUUAAUCAAGAUGUAGUUGGUUUGUCUUUCGUAUUUCCUUCUUGCUUGGUCUAUGGGAAUUAUUCUGGACUGUAAAAAAG